GUUCUCUGUCUGUCUGGUAUUAGGUUUGUUUGAUUUAUGCUAAAUUUAGGGAAUUUUACUAUUUAGGGGCAAAUUAAAUGAUUUUACGUAAAAACAUGAAACUUUGAAUAUUUGUUAAGGUAAGUUAGUUAAGAUUUGGUGUGUGUGGUAGUUAGUUAUAUAAUUAGUUCAUUCAUUCCUCUUUGAUCUGAUUUUUUAUUUACACAAAUUUGUUUCUUUUCUUCUUCUUCUUCUUCUUACUAGUCACUCCCUUAUACAGAAUACUAUGGAACCAAUCCCUAACCAUGAUGUAACUUACAACAACAACAAACACCACAAUCACAAUCCCCAUCAUAUUCAUACUCAUACUCAUAAUAUUUCAAAACUCUCAUUUAUCGUGAUUGGCGCUGGAUUAAUUGGUCCACGUCAUGCUUCUCAUAUCAUAUCAAGACUGGAUUGUCAAUUAUUCGCUAUCAUUGAUCAUUCAGCAAAAGGCCCUAUAGUAGCUCAACAAUUAAACACGUUACUAUUUAAAAAUUUAGAUGAAUUGUUUCAUUAUUGUCAAUCUCAACGGAUUUCAUAUCCUGAUGCUGCCAUUAUUGCAACUCCAAAUCAUACUCAUGUUCAACUUGGUUUAAAAUUAGCUUCUAAAGGGAUCCAUCUUUUAGUUGAAAAACCAUUGGCUCCAACUGCUUCUGAUUGUAAAACUUUAAUUGAUUAUUGUCGUUCACAUAAAAUUCAUCUUUUAAUUGGUCAUCAUAGAAGAUUUAAUCCUUAUAUUAUUACCACCAAGAAAAAUUUAAAUAAAUUAGGUAAAUUAGUUGCCAUUCAAGGUUCAUGGACUUUAUGUAAACCUCCAUCUUAUUUUCUUGAAAAACAUUGGAGAUCAUCUGUUGAAUUAGGUGGUGGUACUUUAUUAAUUAAUUUAAUUCAUGAUUUAGAUUUAUUACAAUAUUUAUUAGGUCCUAUUGAUAAAGUAUAUGCUGAAUUAUUAUCCAAACAAAGAGUUGAUAGAUUUGAUGAUAAUAGUGCCAUUGAUUCUCUUGUGGAUGAAGGUGCUGCUUUAACUCUUCGAUUUAGAAAUGGUUGUUGUGGAACAUUUAUUUGUUCGGAUAAUGUAACAAGUCCAUUUUCAUUUGAAGUUGGUACAGGUGAAAAUCCAACGGUUCCAUUUAAUGAUUCAAUUUCAGGUUUUUAUAGAAUCUUUGGUAGUCAUGGUACAAUUUCAGUCCCAGAUCUUAAAUUAUAUCAUCAACAAGAUGAUGAAGAUGUUGUCCAAGAUAAUAGUGAACCAAUUGAUAAUUCUAUGAGAAAUAAUUAUAAUGAUUCAAGAUCUUGGUUAAGACCUAUUGUUACUGAACAAUUGAAAAUGGAUCAUGAGACUGAUGAAUUAGAUGAUGAAUAUAUCGAUGUCGAUAUGGAAAUGAAUAGCUUAUUACCAACUCCAUCACCAUCACCAAAUUAUAAAGAAUUCACUCCUAUUCAUAAAUUGAAAACAUCAUCUACAACAUCUACAACAACCACUUCAUCAACUAAGAAAUCAUCUUCUAAACCAAAACCAUUUGAUUUACAAUUGGAUCAUUUCAUUAAUAUUCUUAAUGGUAAAGAAUCAGUUGUCAAAUGUACAGGUGAAGAUGCAUUACAAGCUUUAUUAUGUAUUGAAGCAGUUAUAAAAUCAAUUAAAUCAGGAUUGCCUCAAUAUGUUGAAGAUAUUGAUACUAUCACUCCAAAUAACGAAUUAUUGAAGGAAUAUAUGUAAAAAAAAUUAGUUAUGUCAAAGUAUAUUAAAAAACAAAAAUGAUAAACAAAAAAAAACAGAAGUAUCAAAAAUUGGCUUUAAAAAAAAAAAAAACUGCAAGAAAUAGUUCACCAGUGGUGGUUAUCCUUCCUCCUUUCCUU